AUGGGGACACUGAGCCGGCGAGCGGCGGCUCGAGCUCAGUUAAGAAUUGGAUCCGCGAGGCGCAAGUGGCUCGAGUACGAGCAAAGUGGUGCGUCAGUUGCGGAGCGCGUGUUUAGGCCCAGGACUUGCAGGUCGUUGCGAGCACAGCCGGAGAAGCGCGAGAACGAGUCGAGUGUCAAGCGAGCAGAGCUGCCUGGCAUUCUUGAGCAGAGCCGUAAGGCACAAAGCGAUGCGGCGGACACAGGGUUCGACGUGUGUGUGACUGCCUCGGUGGCCCCUAAGCGUGUCUGCGCGAUGAAGCAAACCUUGUCUCGCUUUAUCAAAAAGAACGGAGAACAGUGUUUGCUAGCUCGCAACAAGGAUCGCUGCGGCAAGCAUCCAAUUAUUAUGGAUCGGAAAAGUAUUGUCGCGGAGUGUAAUAUCGUAGAAGAAAUGUCACCACAAGCCAAUACCCAGUCGUCGCUGAGGCUGAUAGCGCCAUCGGUGAUCGAACCCGUCGAGGCCUCGAAUGUAAAACAACAAAUCGAUGUCUUGCAAAAAUUCGUUGAGGCUGAUACCGAAAAAAAUGCUAAAGGCAAAUACAUUGAAAGCACACUCAAGCGUGAUUCUAUGGUAAUUGAUCAGUUUGAGCGCAAAAUGAAAGAGCAUGGAUACAAGGAAUGGAAAGCGGAGUAUGAACCACAAGAAGUCAAAGAAAAAAAUGAAGAUAAGGAAAAGAGCUCGUACGAUUCGGCAAUGGUUUGUGCAGUUCUAGACGCACUAGCUUUGGCUAUCACGUAUCCGUCCCCUCCAGCGGAAACAUUCCCGGAUCCGUUGGUAGGUCCGACCAAUACCCUGAUGUCCGCCUUCUAA